AAGGUCUGAUCACAUUUGUGAUGAAGCGUCGAAUUCCCUACCUACUCACCCCGGAUCUACCACAACAGAUCUUUAUACCAUAAAUAGCCAAAUACGCGCAAUCUUAACUUUUCGCAUAUCUGAAUUGAGGAAGUGAAACGCGAUCUUUCUUGAUUUUAACGAAUUAAAUGGGGCAGUUGUCGAUCUUGGCGCCACCGGGAUCCACAUUCGCAGUUGAGGUUUGAAACAUCUCAUUGUUAGUGCCUACACAACUCGUUUCAUGCUCUCUGGGCACUCGAGUUGGGAUGAAGAUGGAGGGGCACGCGGUUGAUCUUAAGGCUAUUACAUCUGCAGAGGAUGUUUCUUCCUCUUCUGCGAGAUUCUACACUUGCUUUGCUGUUGGAAACUACAUACGCAGCUGUGAUUUCCAGGUCGCUUCACUUCACUUCCGGUCUUGGGCUGCGCCCUCACUAUUUACCAUCGACGGCAGGUCCUAAUUUGAUAGAAUUUAUCUUCUUAUCGGUUGGCUUGAAUCAAUAUCCCCCUUUUACCAAUCUUUAGAUUGUCGAGGUUCUAAUAGUGUCGCACAACUAUCAUGGGGAGCCCACUGUAUCGAAGGCGUGCUCGUGCAAAUGACUUAAGAAUAGUUGUCCGCGAAGACGUCCCGAAGAUCCCAGAAGACCCAGACCUAUCUGGUUCUGGUGGUGACGGCGGACCAGACUCACCUUCGCCGAUAUCUCCCAGCUUCCCGUCUCCUCUGAUAGGAAGUUCUACACCUUCACAGCAGCCGACGGUAACAUCGUCAAAACAGAUUCCAUCGCCGACGGAGACAUCGUCAGCACAGAUUCCAUCAGCGACUACCAGCUCAGCCUCUUCACGGCGGACGAAGUUGAGUUCGAGCACUAGCACUAGCGUGCCAGUUAUUCCAGCGUCCUCGUUUAGUGCCAGCAUUACGCAAAAUGCGGAAGCGCAGAACACUGAUGUUACUCAAGCGCAAGUAAGUCAGCAAGGGGCUAGUGCACCUGGUCUAGGCACAGGAGGAACUAUAGCGUUCGGUACAAUUGGAAUUGUAGUCAUUAUAGCAGCCCUAGGUGUUUUCAUAUGGAGGUGUCGGCGACGUCAUAACCGUGAAAGCAGAGGCCUCUUACCCGAAUCCAUGACAGCCUCCGGCUACGAGAAGAUGGAAGAACCUAGACGUCCGAUUACAGCAGACUAUGCGUCAUCAAGAGGCGCUCCGUCAAGAAAUACGCCAUCAAGAAUGAUGGAUAAUCUCAUGAGAGCGGCGUAUGCCGCCGAAGACGGAAGUUCCUCACAAUAUAGUGUGUAUGUGGACGGGAGACGACAAUCCAGCGGAUCUGCGUAUCCCCCAGAUCCGAGGCAGCCUAUGUCUAUGAGACAGUCAAGUGCUUCAAUGCCACAACCUCGAGACGGCAGUGCCACAAACUCAGUAUACGUGAACCAACUCCUUUCUGGGUAUUAUCACGGUCAAAGGGAGGAUGGGCUUACCGUUCCCCCUAACGCGAGGAUGCCACCACCAGCGGCUCCUUCAAUAGCUGGGCAAACGGAAGUCACAGCUACGUCCGAAAGCACGUGGAGGACAUGGGGUUGGUCGCAACCAAAACCACAAGUUACCAAAGAGGGUUGGAUUGACAAGUGUGUUCGCCUUGGAGGAUUGAGAUGAAUUGAGCCCGCUUGAACAAGUUCGUAACGCAGAUUUGGACCUUUGAUCAAGUGUGACAGAUGUUGAAGCGAAAUAUUGUGAGAUCCGUAUUUUCAGUCACUACCGUAUAAUGUUGCGAGAUACCAUUACGUUCGAGAGCGCAGUAAAUAUAUGAUACCAAUUAUACCUAUGUCAAAGAUGAUUAUAUAAUCGAUAUUUGAGUGUUGGAACUUGAAUGCAGGUGGUUAUUUUAAGAUCGGGAAGCGGCAGUCAGCCAUACGAGAGUCGUAAUUCAUGAACACAU